CUUAUAGAAAUGUCCAAUUCAUUUAGACCAAGCAAAUGCACACACACAUACCAAAAUUAUGGCUCAGUCAGUGUCCCCUACAGCAGCAGCUACACUAACCUCACUAUCAACCAAGAAGAAUGCCCGUUUGAGUUCUUUUAAAGUUUUGGCUUGUCAAUUGGACGCAAAGAUUAAUGUCUCUCGCAGAAGUUUGGCCUUGAGCUUGGCUGGAGUAGCGGCGGCGCUGAAUGGAGGUAACAACAAUGCAAAUGCCGCUGCAAGAAGGCCUCCACCACCCCCGCCAACGGAGAAAAAGGAUCCAAAUGUGAGUGGUGUGUUGGCUAAAGUAUUAGCUAGCAAGAGGAGAAAGGAGGCUAUGAAAGAGUCCAUCGCCAAGCUAAGAGAGAAAGGGAAGCCUGUCAAAGAAGUACCAUCUGAAUAGUUUGU